GACUAGAAAACACGCUUGUUCAGGUUUUUUGAAACUCCAAAUUCAAUUUCAUUCUAAUUCAUCAUCAUCGAUUCAACCCUAGUAACAAACCACAAUGUCUCAUUGCCGCAAAUCUUUCGUUCGAGCAAAUUUCUUCUCUUAUUUACGAAACCGAUUCGUUCUUCGCGAAUCUUGAUUACUCGAACCCUUAAAGUUUUAUUUGAACGGUGUCGCAAUUUUAGGGUUUCAUAUUUCUGCAUCCCUUUCUUGAUUCGAUUUGAAAGAGAUAUGUAGAAAUGGAAAAGAAUUCUAAGAUUCUUGAUUGGAACUUCGAUAAUUCUCAAGUUUAUCAAUGUCGCUCGUAUCAAAGUGGAAUAAGUUACAUGUUUGAUCAGAUGGAGUCGUUGGGUGAUGAUGAUCUGACAUCCUUGUAUAGUACCUCAGUGCAGCAAAUCUUGUCAAUUGAAGAUGUGACAGCUGAGUUUAUAUCUUUAAAUUGCCAGUGGAAUGUCCCAACAAUUUUGCAAUCUUUUGGAUGCAUCGCGCAAUGGUCUGUUUCAGAUCUUGGAUCUCAAGUUGAAGAGAUCACAUCAUAUAUAUGCCAGAAGAUUAUUCAAAUGGAGUGUUUGGAUAACGAUGACAAUGAUCUGACAUCCUUAAAUGGUACAUCUCAGUGCAGCAAAUCUUGUCAACUGAAGAUUUAUGAACUGAAAACACUAGUAAAAUGCUUUUUGCCUGACCAACGGAACCAGGCAAAGUGGAACAUUAAUGGACUCUUGGAUAUUUUAUCAAUAAUGCUACUGGAAAGUGAUGGUUUUGUUAAUAGGAAAAAGUGGUUGAAUCUCAAGGGUGUGGGGUCACUUUAUUUCCUGCUUACAGAAUGGCUCUAGAAUUUCAAAGGAAGCAAUUGAUUUGCUAUAUGAGUUACUUCAAGACCGUUCUGGCUGGAAUAGAAGUUUCAGUAAAAGGCUUUCUGAGCAUCCCAGUGCAAUUCUUUACCUUGUUUCCAUUCUAAAGGAACCUGUCAGUGAUUCAACUAGGAUUGCAGAAAAGAUUUUGAUGGAGCUUUUUGAAAUAGACGAGGAAAAUGUUUCUUGUGCUGCGAAGUUUGGUUGGUACAAAGAGCUUGUUGAUUGCAUUAUUCAAGGUAGGAAGACAUUGUUUUUUAGCUCCUCUUUGUUGUGUUCAGAGUUCAUGGAAUGCGCACAUUCAAUUAUAUAUAUUGACGACAAUGCAAUUACAAUAAAUACAUGUAUAGAUCAAGAGCAAAUACUGAAUAUCUUCUAUUGUCGACAAUCGACAUCUAUAGUAUUUUAAGAUAAACUAUAAACACAGUAAAAUCAAUGAUAAACAUUGUUGUAUCCUUGACAAUAGUUUUUGAUUCCUCUGGUAUUUUGUACCAAUCAGUAAUCACAUAUGGGAAAUCUUCUUUUCUUUAUGGUUUAUGCACCAAAUGAAGUAUUUGUGUCUGUGAUUGCUGUCCUAUAAUUUACUGAUCAAAUUAUUUUUCCUUAUUCGUAUUCUUCCGGAUCGGAGUCUUCAAGAAUCUCAAUGGUUAAAGCCAUGAUUAAUUUGGAAUUGGAAGAAUCAAACUUGAAACUCCUUGGAGAGAAAGGAGCUAUACCUCCUUUGAUCGAAAUGCUAUCUGGAAGCAUUAUCAUUAUCAGGCUUGGUCAAACUAGCAGGAGUUCAUGCCAAUAAGGGAAUUAUUGCUGCAUAUGGAGGUGUCCCUCUUGUUCUAUAUUUAAUGUUCUCUAGCAGGAAACCAGCGUUCAUUACAAUUAAAUGCUUUGAAAUCCUUGAGAAGCUUUCAUCCGAUGAUGACGAAAUUAAUUUCUUUAUUGACGGAGAAGGGAAACAACUCGAGUUAGAUAACAUUAUCACCGAUUUGCUAGCUCUACAGCAGCUUCCUAACUCAGGUCACUACUUCCGUAAGCCUGCAUUACGCGCUCUUCUUGGCAUUUGUAAGUUUGAAACAGGUUUAGUUAAGAAUGCCAUUUUGGCAGCGAAUGGUGUAUCACAAAUUCUUCCCCUUCUUGAUGACUCUGACUCAGAAAUCAGGGAAACUGCCAUAUGUCUUCUCUUUCUUUUCUCACAACAUGAACCAGGAGUUGUUGGAUACCUCUUCAGGCCGAGAAGACUCAAAUCUUAAGUCGGGUUUCUUGAGAAUGAUGAAAAUAAUGAUGUACAAGUGGUUGCUGCUGGGUUACUUGCCAACCUUCCUAAAUCCAAACGAAAAUGGUACAAUGGAAGCAAAAGAAAAUGCUCUCAGUGCACUCUUCAGGUUUACAGAUCCAACAGAUAUUGACUCACAUAUCAUGAUUUGGUUAAACGCGGAAUAUAUCCUUUGCUAGUAAAUUUUCUCAAUACUGGUUCAGUGACAGCAAAGGCUAGAGCAGCCACAGUUGCCUCAAAAUCAACCUUUUCCUGGUGUUUUAGAUUAUCUCGAGAUUCUUUAUGUUCGGCAUACGGAAGCAUUUGCAAUGUGAAUUCCACAUUUUGUCUGUUGGAAGCAAAUGCUUUACCUGGCUUGAUAAGGCUUUUACAGGAGGAAGUUCAUGCAACUGCUUAUGAGGCUGUACAAACACUUUCCACAUUGGUUUUAGAAGACUUUCUGCAGAGAGGAGCUCGUGUCUUGCACGAGUCGAAUGCAAUCCGUUGUUGAAAAUUUUGAACUGGGGAAGUGAUUCUCUCAUGGAAGAAGCUCUAGGACUCUUGGAGAAGGUGUUUGUCUCAAAGGAAAUGGUUGAUUAAAUGGAUCAACGGCUAGAUUAUGUCUAUUUGCUCUUACUGGCAUGAAUGUAUAUGGUGAUGGCCACCUAAGGAGAAAGGCUGCAAAGGUACUGUCAUUGCUUGAACGCUAUUCGAGGUCAAGAUCAUCAUCAUCUUCAAUCGUUGCAUUUGUUAGUGAGAAUUUACGCCUAUAAGUAAGAAGG